AUGGCAGAAAUGUACUAUGAGCUUGACAUUCCAGGAGUGUACCUCAAGACCGAUUUCGCAGAGAGCCAGGUACGUAUUGCAGUCUUGCAAGAGGACUCUGCAGACACCGGAGGAGCCCCGUCGUACGUGGUCUGGGACUCUCUAUGGGAGUUUCCGGGUAAAGUCGAUCAUGAGACAGUGGACUUGUCGGGCACAGAUGGCCUACGCGUACACAACCUCCUGGUCAUCGAAGAGGAACUCUAUGUGGGCGUGACGAUCUUGAGUCAGCCGCUCGGAAAAGAGGAACGCCGUUUGCAUGUCUACCCUAUGGGCGACUUUUACGGGAGGGUUCUCAACUAUACCAAGGACAACGAUGCCUUCCAAAAUCCCAAGCUUCGAUACAGGAUGAUACCUUGGCAGCUUUUCACGCCCAUGGUAGAGGUUCCAGAGGAGGAUGAGGAGGAAGCUGGAGAGGCCGAAGAGGCUGAAGAGGCUGAAGAGGCUGAAGAGGCCGAAGAGGCUGAAGGUAAGACAGCGCGAGCACCUCAUUCUUUCAUCGCUGACGAAGACGUAGCAGAGCCCAGUGAAGAGGAAAACGACGAGAUCGAGACCACAAAGGUAUGCGUCCGUCGGCACGGCACAAGAUCAUACUACCUCAUCAUCAAAGAGGGCAAGCUCUUCCCCGUCCGCUUCAACCACGCACCAGACUGGAAUCGCAUGCUGGAAGAGAAGCCCAAAGUCUCCGGUAAGCCGUUCAGGUUCAGCGACCAAUCCAGCGUUGAGGUCUCCCAGUUUCCCAAGGGCUACGCCAUCCACAUGGUCAACUGUGGUCUCAAAUCCAAGAAGAAGAAGGCGAAUACUGCAGUCGGAGACCCAAAACGAGAGGCGGUGGAUGACAAUACUUUCUACCUCCUGCACCCAGCGACGAACACUCUUAUCCACCGCGAUUACAAAAUGUUCACGAACAGGCAGGGUAACACGGUCGUAGAGGGGAAGAACUACCCACAGUGGCACGCCGGCAUUGCGCAGCACAAUGCGAAUGUGUUGGAGAAGUUCCUCGAUGAGUUGAAGGCCCUGGUAACGAACGCUGCCGGCUCAUGGACCGACAACAGGCAUUGGUCGCGACAUCGUAGGCAUUGA